GAUGUCGGAUUGCGGAGUCACAGAGUUUGUCACUUUCGUCGUGAUUGGCAUGUUGAAGACUUCGCGCAAUGGACGUAAUCGAGUGCUUGGUGGUCUACGGCGCACACAAGGUGGUGGUUAAUGUGGGAGGAGAGCGGAAGCGACCCGAUCUAAUUAGUAGCCUUGCGCAAAAAGAACUCUUUCAGGUAUUCGAUCUUAACACAAGCCACCUUCUGAUUUACCAUGCUGGCUUUGACACUGAUGUCGACAUGACCGAAGAUGUUGUUCUGGAGAACAGAGCACGGAUCAAGAUCAGGAUGGACGAGGCACAGUUCAGGGUCAUGGAUGUCGUCAAUCAGGAAGAACAUGGUCCAUCGAGAGCUCCGCUGAGGGACCUGUCGGAGUACAGGUUCCCCCAAGUUCCGCUGGACAUCAAGCAAUCAUUGGCAAAGCACAAGAAGGGACUCAACCUGAAAUCCAGGAAUUGCAUAAUUCAGUGGUUGUACCACGAUUUAUGCCAGUACAAUCUGUAUCCAGACAAGCUGUAUGCAGAGGCUGCCAAGGGGCUUAUUAGAAAUUUCCCCGUCCUGGAGGACACCACAGGAACCAAAUGCGACUCUUGGCACGUUGCCUUGCGUUUCAAAGCAAAACGGGAGCGCAAGAAGCUCCGGGAUCAGGAGCGAGCUGCGGAAGAGGGCGAGGAAGAGGCACCAGCGCGACCGAAGCAGCAGAGGGUGCCGAGGACUCCUUGCCCAAAACGCGUGAUCAGGCCUGGCACGAAUGUAAUGCUCCCAGCUGAUGGAGAGGACAGAGAAAGCGUGGACGGCCAUGUGCUAGAAAUGCAGAGAGAACUCUGCAAAACCAGGCCCAACAUGGUUUAUGUGGCCGACGCCAUGGCGAGAACGUUCGCCUCACGGCGACUCUGGGUGACGACGGAGCACCCGACUGUCGCCGCUGUCCUCUCUAUGUACCCAGCGUAUCAGCUUGGUACCAUCCUGCAGCAGGAGUUCACUGCUGCUACAGGAAAAUCAAUCCAGGACAGCCUCACAGCGGCCCUGGCAAGGAGCAGCCUCCGGAUCCUGGAGGCUGCUAGAGGGAAACGCCAUCUCGGCGAAUUUUUUGAAGACCUGGACCGCAGGAUUGCCAUGGACGACGACGGUCCAUAUGAUGAAAUGUUGACCAAGGCCGCACUGUGUGCACUGCCAGCUCUGGUCAAGGAAAGGAGUGUGGCAUUCCUCCGGCCAAGUGACCCUGCAGAACUUCCAACAUAUCCAGCUGUGAGCUACGAAGGCAGCAGCAUCUAUGAUGCCACCUCACUUCUUGUGUCUGUUGAUGAGCUGCAAAUCGCAGAACCAACUCAUCUGGCUGCAGUGAGCACAAUGACUGCGCUGUAUUGGGCGUUGAAUAUAGAAUUUCCUCCAAAGGCGACCAGAACGUUUCAACUCUUCUCCCAUAUGAUAGGAGUUGACACUGGGCUCGUGGCCAGCCCCCUUGUGCUGAUGGCAAUUGGCAUAACCAAUGGCUAA